AGCUGAGUGACAGGGGGAGGUGUCCAACCCGCGGCGCGUGUGGGCGGCUGGCGGUGUGGGCGCGGCGUGUGCGGCAGGCUGAGCUGCACCGCAGCGCAUACACUACAAUGGCUGCUGGAAAGAGGGGAAAGCAAACAAUUUCCAGGCCCGCCGCGUCCAGCCCGAAAUAUGGGGAAAAAAUUACAGAAAAAUCGGAGAACCCUGUAAAAGGCGGGAAGAAGGCGCUGAAGGGAUGCUAAGGCUCCCGCGAUCAGCAAAAAUGGGAAGCACUGGAUUCUGGUUUGCUCCUAGACAUGUCAAUGGAACUGGUUAAGACCAAAAUCUGAAGGUUUUUCUUCAUUAUCCAUCACCAGGUGUGCACUGAACAGAGGCUACCAUAAAUCUGUUUUGAGUAUGAACACCUUUUAAAAUGUCCCCUUUUGCUUUCUUUAACGACCACAUGAAACUUGAGAAGCCAUCUAAAGCUAAAUCAUUUAGUGGAGUUGGGCAAUUCCCAAGUGUCCAACAAGAAGGCCUGGUUUAGGCUGCGAUGGCCACUGUCAUUCCUGGUGAUUUGUCAGAAGUAAGAGAUACCCAGAAAGUCCCUUCAGGGAAACGUAAGCGUGGUGAAUCCAAACCAAGAAAAAACUUUCCUUGCCAACUGUGUGACAAGGCCUUUAACAGUGUUGAGAAAUUAAAGGUUCACUCAUACUCUCACACAGGAGAGAGGCCCUACAAGUGCACACAACAAGACUGCACCAAGGCCUUUGUUUCUAAGUACAAAUUACUAAGGCAUAUGGCUACUCAUUCUCCUGAGAAAACCCACAAGUGUAAUUAUUGUGAGAAAAUGUUUCAUCGAAAAGAUCACCUAAAGAAUCACCUACAUACACAUAAUCCCAAUAAAGAGGCCUUUAAGUGUGAAGAAUGUGGAAAGAACUACAACACGAAGCUUGGGUUUAAGCGUCAUCUGGCUUUGCAUGCGGCAACAAGUGGUGACCUCACCUGUAAAGUAUGUUUGCAGACAUUUGAAAGCACAGGGGUGCUGUUGGAGCACCUAAAAACUCAUGCAGGCAAAUCAUCAGGUGGCGUGAAGGAGAAAAAGCACCAGUGUGAACACUGUGAUCGUCGGUUUUACACCCGAAAGGAUGUCCGAAGACACAUGGUAGUGCAUACUGGAAGAAAGGACUUCCUGUGUCAGUACUGUGCACAGAGAUUUGGCCGGAAGGAUCACCUAACACGGCAUAUGAAGAAAAGUCACAACCAAGAACUUUUGAAGGUCAAAACAGAGCCAAUGGACCUUCUCGACCCAUUUACUUGCAAUGUUUCUGUGCCUAUAAAGGAUGAGCUGCUUCCAGUGAUGUCUUUAUCUUCCAGUGAACUGAUAUCAAAGCCAUUCACAAACACUUUGCAAUUAAAUCUCUAUAACACUCAAAUUCAGUCCAUGCAGAGUUCAACAUCUGCACACCAAAUGGUUGCCACAUCAUUACCCUUAGGAAUGCCUUGUCCAAUAGAUAUGGAAUCUGUCCACCCUUCUCACCAGCUUUCUCUAAAAUAUCCACUCAGUUCUACCUCAUAUACAGUUUCUAUGACUGAUAAAGAGCAGCCAUUGAAAGGGGAAAUUGAAAGUUACUUAAUGGAGCUGCAAAGUGGUUUGCCUUCUUCAUCCCAAGAUUCUCAAGCAUCUUCAUCUAAACUGGGAUUGGAUCCUCAAGUGGGGCCACUAGAUGAUGGAUCUGGGGAUGUUUCCCUUUCCAAAAGUUCUGUUUCAAUUAGUGAACCUCUAAGUACCCCAUCACUGGACUUUUCUCAGUUGUUCAAUUUUAUACCAGUAAAUGGACCUCCUUUUAACCCUUCUGUUUCUGUUGGAAAUCUUGGAAUGAAUUACACACAAGAGGAGGCACAUUCAUCUAUGACUCAGCUUCCUCCACAGGCACAAGAUCCACAAGACCCUGGAAACAGUAUAGGUCUUGGGUCUUUGCAUUCAUUGUCAGCAGCUUUCACAAGCAGUCUAAACACAACCACGACCCUACCACGUUUUCAUCAAGCUUUCCAAUAGGUUGAAAAAACAACCUUGUGACAGUUUAUUUGUAGAAAUGCCUUAGAUUACUUUUAUUAAUGUAGUGCCUACUAUGUCAUUUGUAAAUCUACUUUUGUACAGUACCAAUCUCAUUAAGCCAGUAUGAAAUUCAAAUUUAACUCCUAAAAUAUUUUGAAUGUGUUCAUUCAGUUGUUUACUUUGGUUUUUUAAAAAGUCUCUAUUUUUCACUGCCAAUAUACCCAUAUACAUACAUACACACUCUUUAAAAAAACCAUUCCCACUAAAUGUUAUGCUUCCCUUGUUUAAAAUUUCAUUAAGAUUUGAUAAUUCUGUUAGUGAAUUGGUGGCUAUAUAAUAGUGUUAAAAAUAGCAACAAAACAUUAAUGUUACUACAUAUAAAUUUCUGGGGGGAAAUCAGGAAAAUGUUGCCUUGUUCAUAACCUGAAAUAAUGUUUUAUAAAAGAGUAAAAUGUUAACUCUUGUAUGAAAAAUGUACAGUGUUUACCUGUAGAAUUCUUUAAUGGUCUGAAGGACAUACCAUUUUUGCUCAAGUAACCUCAAAAAGUUAGGAAGAAAUUUCUAAUUUGACAAGCGCAAUUAUGUAGUAGUAAAAUUUGGUAAGAAAAAAUGCCUAUUUGGCAGAUUUAAAAAGAGGUAAAAAUUAAGAGCUGACAUUCAGUAGAAAUUGUGUAAUUUUACUUUUUUACUAGAAAGAAUACAGUAUUUCACCUUUUCUGUAAGUAUCCAUUUUUCCCAGCUGACUUAUCCAAAAUGUGAGGUCAGAUCCAACCGGAAAAUGUCAUAACUUGUCAAUCUGAUUUUUAGAAUGCAGUCAGAAAAUGAAUGUAAUUUUUUGAAAAUACAUCUUUUUCCAUAUUUUCAUUGGAGCAGAUCUCUUGAGUUGUAUUUCAUGGUGUUUAAUGUCACCCUAAGCAACAACUUAGAUGAUGAUCACACUUACCACGCCUGGGUAUUUGGCUAGUGACUUUUUUUCACUGCCAAGAAUUAAAAACAGGACUCUUAGGAGUUAAGUAAAAGCAUAUUGCUUAUGCCACUUUUACCUAAUAUUCAAGGGUAUUUAGGAAAAGUAAUGACAAAAAUGGCAAAUUCAUGCUGUAUGUCAAAUUUCUGUUCCUCUGCAAAGCACCCUCUUAUAUUCCUUACCCCCGAUAGCAAAAGAGGGGGAAACUGUGAUAAAUGCAAGGUAGUUUUGCUAUAACUCGGUAACAUUAUUUUCCAUUUCAUAUUAAGGAAAAACAAUUUAUAUUGCUUAACUAUCUCCAAUCAUUUGUGUGGAUGAAUACAAGGUUUUUAAGAGGUUAAAAUAAAUAUACUUCACAGAAACAAAAGUUGCUCCCAUUUAAGGAGCUUUGGCUCCCAAUAUUUGUAUCAUUAGUUCCUACUUUUUUAUUGUAGGAACAAUAUGCAGGUGUGAUUUUACUAUUUUAUACUGAUAUGUAUUUAAAUUUUAUUACUGAAUGGUAACUUUUUAUAAAUGUUUAUGUUCCAAAGGCAUUAAAAUAAGGAUGUAUUAAUAAGGAAAAUACCUUUUCAAAAUUCUGCAAGCUGCUCCAAUAUGCUGUGAGAAUACUUUCUCAAAGUAGACUUUAGCUCUGCUGCAUGAUUGCUUCCUUUUAGUUUCUAUGAAACAGAUAGCUUAAAUAUAUCUUUAGUGGAAUGAUUUGUUCAAUAUUGCUUUCCAGCCUCUUAGCACCAUAAUUUUUAAAGGUGAAAAACAAAUCUCAGAAGAAAAAUUGGAAAUAUUACGAAGCUACUUCAGAACCCAAAUGGCAAAAACCAAGUUGAAUCCUUUUUCUUGGGUUUUUAAAAAAUAUUAAAAAGGCUUUAUAUCUCUGACGGAGUCUCAUCCUAUGAGGAAACUUUAAACGUCCUUGUGUGCUCUAUGUAGACACUGAAGGUAGUAAACCUCACAGAAUCAGCAUCUGAGUGACUGGCCUUAUCCCACUUUUCAUUCACUUAAAACAGUUGUAUAACUUAGUGGAAACAGCAUUAUUGGACAACUGUUGAAAAAUGCAUAUUGGCCAUUUCAGAAGUGUGUUGAACUAGUUUUAGCAUUUCAGUUUCUAAUGGAUGCUUACCACUACAUUUCUUACGGGGUUUGACAGGGACAGUAUAUAUAAACAAUGUUAUCUGUGUUCAGUGUUAGUUGCUGGUUAAUUUGAUUUAAAAAACAAAACAAAACCACCCUAGUUUUGCCAGUUCUACUUGGUACCUCUGAAGACUCCAUAUUGUUGUGAUUCCUUUAGGUUGUAAAAUAAGAUUAGACAGGUACACUUCAAAGUACCAGUAGGGACCUCAGACAAGAUAUUGAACUUCAUUCAGUUAGAGCUUUGGCGGAUGGCUACACCUUGUAUGCACACCACUGAAGUAGGAUGUACAAGUAUGUGGAAGCAGAUCGACAGUUUAGGCAAUAUUUACACAUUAAUGCUUUAUGACUAUCAUUUAGGCAGAGUCAUUAUUGGCAACUUUAAAAUGUCAAUUUUUAAAGCCUAUUUUGUAGUUACCAGGUUAAUUUUUAAUGGUGAGUGUGGUGUGUGCUGGCUGAUCAUGCACCACACUUUGUGCAACUUCUAAACUUCUGCUAUGGAUUUUAAAAAAAUAUUAUAUAUAUAAUUUGCUUGUGUUUUUAUUAGUAGUGAAUUGUGGAAUAGAGUGAUUUAUUCAUUUGGCAGUAGAGGUUUUCAAAAACCAUAUACUGACUAAAACAUGAGCCAGACCUGAUUGCUUUAUUAAGCUAAUAAUGAAUGUUAAGAGUACAUAUUUUCAGGAUCUUUUGCCUAGUGAGCUCUAUAUGUAUUGUAGGCCAAUGUUGUUGUUUGAUGUUUUUUAAACUAAAGCUCGAUCAACUUCUGUGUUACACAUAAUACAAGAUAUAGCACUUUCAAAAAGAAAAUCUAAACCUUAUAAAAAGAAUUUCUUACAGGUUAUACUUUCUAUUAUAAAAUCUUCUAUUAUAAUGUUUCAAGUGCCAUUAGAUUACAUAUGUGGGCCUUUGUUAUAAUGCUUUGGGUACAAAAUGGUAAACAUUGUAACUUUUAACAGGUACAUCUUACAGUGUUUUUGUAUCAAUUUGCUAUAUUGCACAGAACCAGUGUGUCUUUUUAAAAGGGUUUUACAGUGGAUUCCUAGGUUUACAUGUUUCAAGCUAUGCUGUCUUCUGCCAUUUUAACAACAGUCCAGAAAUUGAGUUGUCAACAAUAGUUAAGUGUAUGCUCUGGAAUCUUAGACAUAGCAGUCACAUGCCCACUAAUGCUAGGUAAGUCCCAUACAUUUCAGUGGGAAUUACAUACGUGAAAUUAGGCACACAAGUUCAGCCUUACAGCCCAAUCCUAUACAUGUUUACUCCUUAGGCCCACUGAAUUCAGUGGGAUUUACUUCAUGUAAAUGUGCAUAGGAUUGCAACCUUUCAGAAUGUUAAAUAUGCAGUAUUCUAAAUAGAUGAUGUCCUACCAUAGCUGUGCUGCUGUUGGAAUUCAACAUAGGGUUGAUCCUGUGCCUGUUAGUAUAAAGAGAAGGAUUAAGCUCUUAAUUAUUUGUCUCAUACACUGGUUUAGCAGCUCAAAAUUAUGUGCCUCUUAGUAACAGAACAAAUACAUUACACUUAUUUGCUAUGAAGUAUACUGUGUUGGCUCAGCUGCCUAUCUGCAUCCUAUUGGUAUACAAUGAAAGGAUUCACCUGUUUAACAUUAGAGGAAGGCAAUUUAAAUGGAGCUCACAGUAAACAAAAAGUGUUAUACAGUCCUUUUAUCCCUUAUAAAAUAAGGGUAGUUGUAUGCUAGAAGGCCAUGUCUUUUGAUACGUUAUUGAACCCUAAAAUUGACACAGAACUAUUGUUAAUUGCAUGCAAACACUUUUCAGUAUAAGCUUCAGUGGUACAGUUGAACCAGAAUGAAUGUUGAUCUUCUCAGAAACACUCCUGCAAAUAUAUUAUAGUGGAUCAUGCUGCUAAUAUAACUUGGGAUACAACUCCUCUCAUGGUGCUACAGACCUCCCUCUCUCAUUCAGACUGAUGUACUUUUAUCCAUAGAGAAAGGCCUAUACUAGAUUUAUAGAUGUAUGAUAUAUUUUUAUACUGUGACUUAAUUUGUCAUUAAUGAAUUUUGUACACCACCAUGUAUUCAUAUGCACUUGCAAAAGGAGAAACUUGGAUAUGCAAAUUUUUACCCAAAUAAACCUAUUUUCAAAACUAGAUUAUGACAAAUGAAAGGGGGGCUUUUGAUAUGGUGUGAAGUGAAGAACAUACUUGUUUCUAACAGCCCUUCAAAUAUUGAUUUAACUGGGAAAUAUUAUUAUUUUUAAAAGGAUGACACCUGAACCUGACUUGGAUUGCUGAAAUUAUAUUUUUAGAUAGUGCAAAAUGUUUGGACUUCUGUGCUAAAAUGUUCUAAUGAUACAGAUUUUGAGUCAAAAAUGAAAAAUGCAUUCCAUACUGAAUUUGUGUAUUUCAUUUAAAAUUACUAUCCUGUGAUAUGGGAAAUUGAGUUGCUUAUCAUGUAUAUGUACUUUAAAAUGUAUUCACAAACUACUGUUGUAUUUGUAUAAAAUAUAGACAAAAGAUUGCAUAUAUAUUUUUGUGUAUAAGCUCUGUAAAAUAGCUAUCACAUUAUGAGGCUGCAGCAGAAAUUCAUUUUAGACAUUCAUAUCCAAAGAAACAGACUAUUUAUUGUCCACAUACCCUGAUGAUAAUAUAACUUGCUGCUAUUAAACAAUAGUGCUGCAGCUUCUUGUGGCCUACAGUGUUAUGUUUGCUGUACAAAAAUAUGUGAACUCCACAAAAUAUCAAUAAAACAGAAUGGUUUUAGUUAUGUACAAAAUAUGCCUGGAAU